UUCCCCUGAUUAAGUCAGAGGAACCUCUUCGGGUUUUCUCAUGGCAGUCCUCUUUCUGCUGUUGAUCAGCUUUUCUGCAGGGGAAGCUCACACCAUAAGGGCACUGGUCGGUGACGAUGUCACUCUGUCGGUCGAUACUGAGACAUCGUCAGACAUCAGCGAUGCUCUAAUCGAUUGGUACAAGACAGACCUGACUCCUGAUGUUGUCCAUCUGCAAGGAAACGGUCGGAUAAUUUAUAAAGAUCAGAAUCCGGCAUACAGAGACAGGACGAUGCUGUCAGCAGAAGAUCUGGAUAGAGGAAUCAUCUCCCUCAAACUGUUCCACGUCCGACUGGCCGAUGAGGGGAAGUACACCUGCUUUGUCAAGUCCAGAGGAAAAGAUUACUCCUUCAAGAUGUUGCUUCUUGUAGGUGGAGCCUCCUCCCCACUCACGACCAUAGAGCAUUUCAACAGCCACAGCGUGGUUCUGGGCUGCCAGGCUAAUGGCUGGUAUCCACAACCAGAGCUCUCCUGGUGGAACGCUGAUGGACUCCCCCUGCCCGCCGUAACCAUGAAUACCAUUCAGGACCUCGACAGACUGUACAACAUUUUCAGCACCUUGGAGGUGGAGUGGGAGAGCCUGAGAAGACCCCUCACCUGUAGAGUUCACCAGGAGCUCUUCGACCAGACCAGGGAGAGGGAGGUCUACUACCCUGAAGGUGGACGUAGCGUCUGGGACGUCACCCAUUAUGUUAAUGCAAGAGUUCUAUGUGAAGUCUUCAUGUAUAUGGAGUGUCAGCACUUAGCUAAGACGUUAGCAGUCAACAACAGCCACCGUUUGUAACUGGCAGCACAGUUUAUUACAUUGAGGGUCGUUUUAUAAAUGCCUCACACUAGCCUAUGGCCGAAACGCAUUCGUAUUAACCUAAGCUUAUUAUUCAAAAACGUAAUAACAAUUGAAUAUGUUUUGAAUAAUAAUUUAAUAAACAUAAUUGUCAACUAGGACCUCGGAAAACAGAUCCUAACAAACGAGGAAGACAAUCAUUGGCUGUGUAUUACAAGAAUGAAAUCCCAUUCCUUCCUGUCAAAUUAAAAUGAUGGUGGGUCUUUCUACGUCCUGAUCAAUACUGCAAAACACCUACAGGCCGUAAGAGGAACUUUAGCCUUCACCAGGGACCUCUAACAGGACAUCGGAGGUAUCUCAUGCUGGCCUCUAUCCUGAACAACAUAAAUAAUAUUUAGAGUAACUAUGUGCAUUUCUCUUCAACUCGAGAAGUCAUGAAUGCCUCUAGAUUUACACAUCGGCCUGGCCUGGGAUGUUAUUGGCAGAUGUGAUGUUAUAGACAGAUUCUAUAAAAAUUUAAAUGUACUUGCUCUGCAGAGAACAUCAUUUCUGGUUUGGCCCGGUCUUGUCGAACUAGAGAUGGAUUGAUUGCUGUUGCGGUGGUGCUCUCUUUGGUGACUGUUAUUACCGGUAUUAUCGGUGAGUACAUAGUAUUUGUAAGAUAAUGAGAUGCUUUCAUUUAUUUAAUGAAUUCCAGGUGCCAACUCUGAUACUGUUAUGUCCAGCCUGCAGAACCAUUCAUGGAAACUCCAUGAAAUGAAGAUUAGAGCAUUUCCUAACACACACCCACACAAGCUGCCAUUGCCCACUACGGGUCUCUAGCUAGCUGCUACUGUUCGCUAUGUGUCUCUAGCUACCUGCUACUGUUCGCUAUGUGUCUCUAGCUACCUGCUACUGCUCGCUAUGUGUCUCUUGCUAGCUGCUGCCCAUUUUGUGCCUCUAACUAGCUGCUACUGCCAUCUAUGUGCCUCAAAUUAGCUUCUACUGUAUGUGCCUCUCACUAUCUUUCACUUCAACAGAUUUUCAUCAGGGUGGACAAAAUCAUUCGGAGGGACUAUAAGAUCACAUGAGAUGCUUAUAAUAUUAUAAAUGAAAUGGAAUAUAGUAAUACAUUAGGUAUCUGAUAUGAAUUACAAAACAGUUCGAUCCAACUACGCAUUGUGUUUGGUUGAGCACCUUACUAGCCACGCUAGUAUAAUUCUACAGGUCUGUGGAAGUCUGCAGGACACUACCAUUAUGGCCUUCUAUUUAGAUAACGCUGAAGCAAAGAAUCACAUGUUGUAACUUUAACAUUUGCACAUUUUUUGAGUUAAUUAUUGAAUAUUCAUUCGUUUACAUUGCAACAUGCGUUUGUUGUUGUAGAGACUUCCUACCAUUGUACACCAAGUGCCCACCUCUCAGGACAUCGUCCUUAAAGCAAGUCUGACUUAUUGCAUUGAAGUUAUAUCGUCUCCAAAUCUCUUGCGGUGUGCUACACAGUCUGCCAGUUUACUUUCACACUUGCAUGUCCUUACAUUAAUGGUCCCGAGCCGAAACGCAUGACUCAGAUUUCGCUCCAUUCGUAUUAUAUUAGAAUAAAUCACUAUAUCCUACUUAACUAUUAACCCUAUACUAAACAAUAUAUAUGAUAUGUCACACAUAUCGCGCUAAUCAUGAUCUUCACACUUAAUCACAUAGAAGAGAGAAUCCGAUAAAUUGCCUUUCAUAAGGCCUAUGUAUUCCAGAAAGAAAUAGGCUAAUUCAACUUGCUCUGUCAUUGCUCUGUUAGCUCGCCCGACUGCAUGUCAGGCUACCUGGGGUGUACGUAUCACACAAGGGGACGGAGGGGGAGCUGACUAGAGUGAGUGAUGAUUGGACUAGGUUGUUCUGAGAUCCAGGCUAAAAACGACAGCAAGUUCCUUUAUCCUAAAACAAUUGACAAUUAUCCUAAAAAUAUAUAUUUGUAGUGUACUUUUCUCAUUGUUAAAUAAAUAACAAAAACCUUCCUGGCUCCAAAAGUGGAUCGUUUUAAGAAGCGGUAAUGAACCGGUUGAAUUAAUAAAUAAAAAAGUAAAACAAGGUAAAUAUACAACAUAUAAAAAAAGAAUGCAUUGUGUAAUACAUUCUUUCUUUAUAUGUCUGGAGACCAUUAGUAUUCUCUGCUCCAACAACUCAACAUAACAGGUCGAUAUACAGAUACUAACAUAACAGUUUACAUACAUGGUUAUGUUUAACCGAUAUUAACACAACAGUUUACCAUACAUGGUUAUGUUUAACCGAUAUUAACACAACAGUUUACCAUACAUGGUUAUGUUUAACCGAAGGAAUAUUAUGUUUCGUAUGCACAUUGUUGUGUGUGUGUUUGUGUGUGACUUCUAUGCAGCUUUAAUGUCCCUAUAUUAUUUGCCAUUUCUAGCUUUCUAUUUUCUAUGUUUUGACUGAACAGCCCCUUUCUACCCUUGCUUCGAAAAGCCCUUCAUACAUUUCAUCAGAUGUUCUCACAUGUACUUAAAUUAUCUGCAUUUCAUUCUACCAUGAAUAAAAAAAUAAUUGAUUCUCGGCUGAUGCGUUUUUAUCAUUAUUUAUGAUAAAACUUGUUUUUGCCCACCUUUUCAUGAGUCUCUCUGUACCAAUUUACUACAGGUGGAAAAUAGCAGCAUGCUAAAACCUGCUACAAUGCAUCUCUCCUUGUUUUAAACAAGGUUAAUGUUUCUUUUGUACAUUGUCCCUGUUCAACGAUUCUCUACAAAGCAACUAUAUAAUUAAUGUGAUGGGUCGUUUGCUGAUCAACGUCGCCCUCUGCUGGCAGUUGUUAAAACACGACCAACCUUUCAUAUCAACAGAUAAAACAGGAUUACGUCACUAGCAUGCUCUCAGUUAAACUUAGCAUUAAAGGCUAUAACGUUAACGAUGUUUAACUCUAUCAAAUGUUUGGUAACAUGUUAUCAAUCCAAAUUUGUGCAAUAUUUAUCUGCACAUUUAUAUCACUUCAAUAUAAAUGUCAUCUUUUCAAUAUUGAUUAUUUCAUGUGCAAUAAAUACCUGCCUGGAUCAAUUUAUGCAUUUAAAGGGUAUAUUUUCCUGUGCAUAUAUAGCCCUUCUGUAUUCAAGUGUAAUUAUUUUUGUAUUAAUUGAUAUCUAAAUGUAUUGAGUGAUUUCUAAAUGUAUUUAUUUAUAAUGUAUUGACUGAAUUCUAAAUGCAUUGAUUUAAAUUCUAAUGUAUUAAUUGGUUUCUAAAUUAGUGUUAUGGUAUCUAAUGCGAACCGGGGCUUAACCAGUAACCAUUGGCUUAAAUUCCAGUACGGUAGGGCUGAGCGAACUGGAGCCCCGGGAGGCUGUUGGAACAUGGAAUGCAAUUCAUAUUUAACAUGGGGAGCUAGUGAAACUUUAAGUAUAUUU